AUGCGGAACAUGUACCCUGAACCACAGAACAGCCCUGUACCAUGGUAUUUUGUAUUCUUCAUCCUCUCUCCUGCUAGUGCCAAAGGUGAAUCUACUCCCAAGGUUCCUUGGACCUCCCUUGCGCAGGUUGCUGGGAUUGCGGUCAUCGCUUCCCCUGCGAUACUUACCGCACCUGCGAUUGCUGGACUGGGCACAGUAGGAUUUGGUGCUGCUGGUCCUGUCGCUGGAACUAUUGCAACGAUGGCCCAGUCCUCGAUUGGAAGUGUUGUCGCCGGCAGUCCCUUUGCUAUCGCUCAGGGUGCAGCAGUGGGCGGAUAUGGCGUUGGGGUCCUGAAUGGAAUUGCCCAAGGCGCUGGAUUGGCUGUUACGGGACUCUCCACUCUGAACAGCUUGGUGUCAGAUUGUGGAAAGGACAAGGACCAGGAGAAGAAGAGAAAGGACCAGGAGAAGAAGAGAAAGGACCAGGAGAAGAAGAGAAAGGACUAG